AUUCCAAGUAUUGUAGCUCAUUGAUUUGAAAACUGGUUGGAAUUGAUAUACGUUGUCACAAUAAUGUCCAAUAAAUUUAACUCAAUCACAUCACAAGGAUACUGUGCAUGCUGUAGAAAAAUAGCGUGCAUACCAAGGACAUCUCGAUACAUUAAACCAUAGCAAGGUCUAUGCUUAAAUGGUCCAUUAUCCGACUCGAAUAAUCUUUAUAAAUGCAAGGGUUAAUUGCUUUCGUCUAUCAUCUUUGAAAGUGUUAAAACGGAUCAAGAUGGUGAAUUCAGCUGUUUGAAGAUCAAGUUCUACUGAGGAUGCAACCUUGUCCAACUUGGAACCAAAGGAAUACAGAAAAUAGUUUCCCCCCUGACGAUCGAGUUUUCCGGCCGGGUACAAUACUGACUUCUCCUCAGUCAUGAACGAUAGUCGGCAGAUCUUGGAUGAGACCCGAUCAGCAGUAAACCUGUUGGAUGCGGCCCAAUCUGCAGUAGACCUUCUGACCAGAGUACUCGGAACGGAUGAGAGGAAUCUUGGCCAUGGCUCUCUCACUGAACAACACCGUGUCGUAACUGAUGGAGAGAUUCUAAGGAAUCCAUCCAGAGGUAGAUCUGAAGACUGGAAGCCACAUCUAUCAGAUGGUCGGCGUUCAUUGAGGGGAUCGUCAGCAUUCCAAGUCAACGAUGAUUCCAAUUUCUAUCCCAAGAGUUCAACUUCUUCAAGUAUAGGACUACCGAGAGCGAAAUCGGUUACCAUAGCAACCGAUGAGAGAGAGAAGACUGGGGUUGUCACCAAUUCACCGAAAAGGAACGAGUUCCAAUACAGGCCUAGAUUCCAUCAGACAGUCAGCCCAAAGAUCCCAUCACAAGUUGCUAAGGUAACGCCUCAGCAGCUGACUGCGUCUGCAUCUGAGGAGCGUGACGUCACCAUGGACUAUUCCAGUCGAGGGAGUGGUGGCGGCGGUCCUGAAAGCUUAGCUGAGGAAUGGGAUCGCGGCUUUAAUGAAUUUAUUAUCGAGCAGGCCCAAGCUAGCAGUAUACUCGUAAUGGAAAAUGCAAAGUUGCGAGAAGAACUGAAUGAAGCCAAGGCCGAAGUAACCUCACUGACUAAGGAACUCUCCAAGAAGUCGGAGGUAGAUAAGAAGGAAAGCGAGGUACAGACUAUCAUCUGUGGUCAUGUCAUCGGUGAUCAUUUAUAUCUCAACCACGAGUUCAACGGCCAACUCGCAUCAGAUGAUGAGGACGACACAGAUUUCAUGACCUACAGUACUUCAUCCCCGGACCGACAUUACGCCUUGCAAGCGUGUACGUCAGACGAUCUCGUUGAUGGAGCUGGUGGCGCCAACGUGUAUUUUUACACCCCUGGUUCACAAAUAUCAACUCCCGGGAAUCGAACAUCAACUGUGUCGUCAUCAGGAGGGGGUCUUAUCAGGAGGAAACUAGAACUACCAAAGUCACUCAAGAAAGGAGGAGGUAACCUAGGUACCAUCAGCUACGAGCUGUUAACAUCUCAGGAUAGUUCUACCGGUUCUCAGGGAUGUUGUCCCUUUGCCUGCUUUGGUCAUCUCGGCGGAAGGAAGCACCCACAAAAAUAAAUCAUCUUUGACCUAACCGUUUUCACCCAUUGUGAAUCCUUUAAAUGAAUGCAUUCUAAAUAGAAAUCCGAACAGAAUUAAAAGAUGUAUGAGUUUUGUGUAUGUAAUAUAUGUUUUCGGGUGUUUUUUUUUUUUUGGGGGGGGGUACAAGUCAAUCAAAAGCACUGAAACAGAAAGUCUUCAUUCAAACCUGGUUGAGAUGUAUGGUUCAUAAAAUAUGCCAAACUUUGUUUCUUAAUGACUUUAAAAAAUGGCUAAAGGCAAUUAAAAAGAAUUGUAAUUGAUUAGUUGUUACCUUGAAAAAAUCAGAAAGUUUAAAAAAAAAAUUUUAAUAGUAUUUUGAUAAUUUCUGAUUGUGAUUUCAAUAACCUUUUGCAUUUUCUAAAAAAGGCAAUACAAGUAGCAGACAUGGCAAGGAAGAUGACAGUAAUUUGUUUUCCGAUGUGUUAAUCAUGCUCAUCAAAGUUUAGUUGUUCAGUACAUUUUUUGUAUUGGUUUGCCAAUAAUUGAUUUUUCCAAAAUGGAUAUGGACAAAAUGUGUUUGUUAUUUCUAUGAAUUGCUGCAGGUUGCAUAUGUGCUUGAAAAUUCACAUCAAUAUGGAUAUCAUACUGCAUAAAUUGUAAUACAACACUAAAAUGAAUUAUGAAUUAAAAGAUAUUCAAACAAAAUAUAACACAUGUCUAAUCGAGUUCAUAUUUUGAACGAAACUUUCAUUUUAAUUUGAUGAUAGAUAUAUCAAGGUUUUCAAUUUGCAUACAACAAAGAUAUGGACGGCUUGCAGUGACUUGCUUAGUUUACAGAAAUGUGAAAUUAUAUAAUAAUGAUAUUCCACUUUUAUAUAGUGCUUGAUACAUUGGAAUGUUUCUAAAUGCUGAAAUAUCAAUAUAAAUGACAAAAAAGUAACCCCCCCCCCAUGACACUAGUGACUUUUGAAGUAUCAAUUUUGCUUUAGUGUGUUCUCACUCAUGCAUGACUUGACAGAUCAACAUCAUCACAAAGCUUAGUCAAUAAGUCGUCGUGUUAGUGCGGGAACGCCCC